CAAAUCCACAUUUCAUCAAAUCAACUAAACCGGAGAGAUACAAAACAAAAAGAGAAAUGACAAAUUUCAAUGUCAAAUCCAUUUGGUUGUUGCCAAUUCUUGCAAUUUGUGUGUUAUCUCUUUGCCAUGACCACAAAAUGGUAGUUGCUGAGGAUUGUGAGGAAGAACUGCGCGGUCUUAACAUAGAGUGUAUGUAUUAUAUGAACAAGGACGAUCCAAGCUUGCUAAAUCCCAAUGGCCGGUGUUGUAAAGCCAUCACAGAUGCAUAUCCUAAAUUGGGAUGUGUUUGCAAGAAUCUCUCUCGAAAAGUGGUUUUCCCGCCUUAUGCCGGUACCUAUGCCGAUUUGAUUAGUUGGAGGAGAGUGAUGCACUGUUUCAGCUAUUGUUGGAGACCUUUACCUGCUGACUACAAGUGUAACAGAUUCACUGUUCCGAAUCCACCACCCAAGUAAAGUUGAAUGCCGUGCCUAUGCUAGUAAGCUUCAUUUGAAGUCACAUAAAUAAAAUUGGAUUCUACAUUCAUGUGCUUAUAGCUAUAGUUCAUGUUAUAGAGAAACAGUUUGGGAUAGUUUCAUGAAGUAAAUAAUUUAUGGACUUUUAGAAUCAUA